UAGACACAAUGGAUUUUACAAAUCGACGAAUGAGAGGAGAGACCUCCCUCCCAUGGUUCCUUAUCAUGGUGGGACAAUCGUUUACCGUGGAUAUUCCCGCCAAAGUUGUCCGGACUCGGGACCGUCGAGGACGUUAGGUAUAGGUGGGCGCAACCGACACACAACGAAUUACGGUGUAACGGUCAACUGAUAUUGAACUGCUUUCUCGAUACCGUUCAUCAGAAUCAGUCGAGACGUCGCUGAGUUGUUAUCACCUUCAUCUUUCAUCCAGCCUGGACAGAAUAACGAAAACUUCACUUCGUUGGACAUGUCGUCUAUCAAAGUGAGGCACGCAUACACGAAGAAAGAAAUUUCGGUGACGUUUUCCAAUCUAAUCACCGUGGAGGAUGUGAAGCAUGAGGUUGAAAAACAGCUGCAUGUUAAAAAGGACUUGCAACGAUUAAUCUAUUGUGGGAAAGAAUUAGAGGAUGGCUAUCACCUUUAUGAUUACAAUGCAUGUUUUGAUCAUGUUAUAUUGCUUAUAGAAAAACCAGCGGUAGAUAAUGUUGAGAAUAAAGUAACUUCUGCCAAUGAAGAAAGUACAAAGAAGGAAAAAAAUUGCGAACAAGAGGAAGACGCGGAAGAAUUGGAAAAGGCUGAGAGUUUGUAUUACAAAAUUGGAGAUGCUGUUGAUUGCAAAGAGGAAAGAACUGGUGCAUGGUUCGAAGCCAUUAUAAAAUAUAUUUAUAAAAAGGGAGAUGAAGUAUUUUAUAAAAUAUUAUGGGAGUCUGAUAAUUCUUAUGACAAUGUAUCUGAAGCGUAUAUACGACCACGCGCGCGACGUUCUGUACCAGUCGACGAAUUGUCUGUUGGUCAAAAAGUCAUGAUUAAUUAUAACACUGAUGAUUAUAAGAUAACAGGGUGGUGGUAUGACUACACGAUAGCCGACAUAAUGAAGAAAAGAGGACGGUAUGAGCUGGUUGGGCAAUUGCAUUACGAGAAUGACAGUGAGCUUUGCAUUCGAAAGACAGUCAGGGAAGAAAUAUACGCGAUAGAAGCACCCAAAUUAUUAACAGAGAGAACUGCAGAAGACGAACGGUUCAUGAUGAGUAACGGCAAAUGCAGACCUGUUCCCGCUAAUUGUGAGGAGUGCAGGGACAAGCCUGACAGGGGAUGUCGAUCGUGCGGCUGUAAUAUUUGUGCAGGCAAAGAAAAUGAGGAGUCGCUUCUAAUUUGCGAUGAAUGCGAAAAUAUGUUUCAUCUACAAUGUCUGACCCCACCGCUCCUGGAAGUGCCGCAGGAAACUUAUUGGUAUUGUCCUGAUUGCAAAAAUGACGAAAAUGAAAUUGUCAAGGUAGGAGACAAACUGAAAGGCAGGAAAAAGAAAUACGGCCGUGGCGGGAUGGCUAAUGUUCGGAGACAAGAAAUUUGCUACAUGGUACCCCACCAUCAUUCCGGACCAAUUCCGGGUGUGGACGUUGGUACGACUUGGAAGUUUAGAAUUCAGGUUUCGGAAGCAGGAGUGCAUAGACCGCCCGUAGGCGGCAUUCAUGGACGAGAGGACGACUGUGCGUAUUCUAUCGUUUUUUCGGGCGGAUAUAAGGAUGAUUACGACAUUGGUGAUGAGUUUGUAUACAGUGGCUCGGGUGGUAGAGAUUUGUCAGGUAACAAAAGAACCAACAAGGAGCAAAGCAAGGACCAGGAGUUAACCAGGAUGAAUUUAGCAUUGGCUAAGAGUUGUGAUGCUCCCGUAAAUGACGAGGAGGGUGCGACAGCCUCUGACUGGAAGAAAGGGAAAGAAAUUCGAGUCGUACGCAAUUAUAAGUUAAAGAGUAAAUAUGCACCGGAAGAAGGUAACAGAUAUGAUGGUAUAUAUAAAGUGGUACGAUACUACCCAGUCCAAGAAUCCGGCUUCCGCGUAUGGAAAUACGUACUAAGGAGAGAUGAUCCUAUUCCUGCACCGUGGACUAAAGAAGGAAAAAAGAGAAUUGCUAGUCUUAAUUUGAAGAUGCUGUAUCCUAAGGGAUAUCUCAAAGACGAGAAAACGAUGAAGACAUUCGAUGAGACCGGAGCUAAGACUGAGAAACGACUUGCUAACGGGGAUGAAGAAAACGACGUGGACAUUAAGAAAUAUAAGAAGAUUAAACAUGGCUAUGAUUUGGAUAAUGAACUGAAAGAUUUAAUAAGAAACGAUAAAAUAAAUACUGAAUUGUGGAAUGAAUGUUUGGCGACUUUGAGUGGUGGAAAACCCGCCUUCUUGAAUAGCGUUUCAGCGAGAUUCAAGUGCGCUUGCUGUCAAGGAAUCCUGUACAAGCCUGUAACGACUCCUUGUGGACAUAACUUCUGCCUAAAAUGCCUGAAACGGGCCUUUGAGUCUAACAUACAUUUCUGCCCUUUGUGCAAACAUAACUUAAGUGAGAUUGACUUUAAGAUCAAUAAUCAUCUGUCAUCUGCAUUACUACUAAUUUAUCCUGGCUACAAGGGCGAACAAUAAUGUCACUUUCGCAGUAACUUACGAGUCGUUGAUUUUCUAUGCUCGAAUUUAUUAAACUUUUUUAACAUUAAUUUAUUAUCAGUUUUAAAAGAUGUUUUUUUUUUUUUUUGACACAACUGUAUUGUGUAAUGUAUACAGUUGUAUAAUUUAAAGUUGAAACUUAAAAGCAUGUCACAUAUAAAAUAAAAUAGAAUACUUUAUGUUAUGUAAAUUAAAGCGAAAUCGAAAUCGCAGUAACUUACGAGUUGUUGAUUUUCUAUGCUCGAAUUUAUUAAACUUUUUUAACAUUAAAUUAUUCAGUUAUAAAAAAUGUUUGGUUUUUUUUUUCUUUUUUUUGCAACUGUAUUGUGUACUGUAUACAGUUGUAUAAUUUAAAGUUGAAAUUUAAAAGCAUGCCACAUAUAAAAUAAAAUAGAAUACUUUGUUAUGUAAAUUA